AUGGUCUCGCUGAAGCUCCAAAAACGGCUCGCAGCUUCAGGGCUGAAGUGCGGAAAGGGUAAAGUAUGGAUCAAUCCAAACGAAGGCAGUGACAUCUCCAUGGCCAAUUCGCGCCAAAACAUAAGGAAGCUAGUGAAGGAUGGUUUCAUCAUCAGGAAGCCAACAAAGAUCCACUCACGUUCCAGAGCUCGCCGCAUGAAUAUUGCUAAAAUGAAGGGACGUCACUCUGGUUACGGUAAGAGAAAGGGUACAAGGGAGGCAAGAUUGCCAACAAAAGUGUUAUGGAUGAGGAGGAUGAGAGUUUGA